AUGCCUCGCCUCAGCCUCGCCUCGUCUGCCGCGCUCGCCGCGCUCGCCGCCUCGUCAGCCUUUGCCCAGGGCGACCCCGAGGCGGCGACGGCCAUCCUGCGCGGCCGGCCGACCAAGUCGUGGCAGCCGUGGCAGCCCAAGCCGACGUAUGCGCUCAACGAGCUGCCCGACUACUACAUGGGCGUCAACCGUGCCGGCAACGGCAUUGACCAGGUGUGUGUGUGGCACGCGCGCUCCGGAUGGAACAUCUGCGCACGCAACGCAUGGAACCAGGAGUCGCGCUGCCAGACGGCCUGGAUCAACUCGCUCGAGGACUGGUGCAUCUGGGGCCCGCCCGAGGGCGGCGACAUUGGCAGCACGGAGCGUGUGGCCGUGGCGUUCUGCACGACGGACAAGCACGGCACGCGCCUCAUUCCCGACGGCACCAUCACGGGCGCCCACUUUGUGCAGACGUCGAGCUACGUGCAAAUCACCGGCACUGGCGACUUCACCAAGAUCGGCCUGCCCGAGGGCGACCAGGGCGGCGAGAUGGACUCGCACGGCGCAGACGACCUCAGCAACCCCGUCGGCGGCAUCGUCUACACGACGGCCAACCCCGCCACCAACGGCGAGCCCUUCUUCGUCAGCGAGUGGACCAACUUCAUGAGCCACAACCAGUACUGCAUGCGUGCCUGCUGGGGCGACGACGCGCGCGAGCGCUGCCAGCACAUCUACGACGUGCUCGGAUGCCAGUGGAACCUGCCCGCCAACUACAACCCCAACGAGUGGGAGUCGUGCGACGGCGACCGUGGCCUUGUGCAGGGCGUGUACGAGGGCUCGACGUUCAUGCAGGGCGACGCCGUGACGCCCUCGGCGCACCCCGUGCCCGCCUCGUCCAACUGCCGCACCGCCAGCUCCCUCUCGCACGGCCUGCUUCUCGGUGCGUACCCGGCCUAUUCCAGUGUCGUCGGCGCCGUGGGCUCGCAGCCCGAGGCCUCUUCGCGCGCGAGCGCUGCCUCUACGACGGCGCUUCCGCCUCGGCCGGCUCCACCGCCACCACGUCGGCCUCCUCCUCGAUGGCCACGUCCGGCACCUCGUCUGGCACGACGCGCGCCCCGGCGGCCACCAACCAGGUCGCCUCGUCCAACAACAACCAGAACGCCGCCGGUGCCGCGGCGCCGCUCGCGUGGUUCGGCGCGGCGGCCGGUGCCGUGCUCGCUGGCGCCGCGCUGCUCUGAGGCAGCGCACGCUUUGCUUGAUGCUCUCGUCAUUGCUCGUUACGACCCCCACACCACUAGUCUUCAUGCAUCUUCCCCACACUCGCUUCUCCUUCCCUCUCAUUCCUGCCUCUUGUUCCUCUCCUCAUAGUCUUCCCCCGCCAGCCUCAUCACUACCCUCGCCCGAGGACUCGCAGACGCUGGCCUGGGCUACGCUUGACCCUGCCGCCGCUGCACACACUGCGCGAUGCGAUGCGCCGUCUACCGAUCACCCCAGCUGCCCUCUUGCAAAUUGUACAUAUCAUAAAGCCUCAGCCGAGCUCCGUCCGUGUGCGCCGCCCCGCGCGUGGAGCGAUCUAGGGCAGGUAGCCUUGCUGUCGAUUGCCGUACUGCGUGCCAGCAAGGGAAGACAUGGGAUCAGCGCCAGCUUCGGCAGCCAAGGAUCACGGACGUGGAGUGAGACGCACGUAGAGCAACUUGGAGUUGUUCUCCUCGUCCGUCCAGAAGCGAUGCUUGGCGUCGGCGUCUGCCGCGUCGCUGCCCACGCGUUCCUUCCACGCCAGCAUCUCGCCCAGCU